CUCAUCUCAUUGUCUCAUCGCAUGAUCUCAUUGUCUCAUCUCAUUGUCUCAUCGCCUCAUCUCAUUGUCUCAUCGCCUCAUCUCAUUGUCUCAUCGCCUCAUCUCAUUGUCUAAUUUUGACACAAAUGGCACGCCAUAGUUGCGAUCGAGCGUCGAAUGCGAGCUUCCUCCUAUUAUUGAAGUACCCCACCAGCCUUCCAACUUCCAAUUCUCCAAACGUGAGUUUGGAAAGAAGCAAGUCUCCAAUCGAGCUUUGCAGCCAGCGUGGUUCAAGCAGUGUACUCGUGGUUGCACCUGGACACGCCCAGUAACCUCACUCCUAGCGUGCGCUAAGCAACAUCCUAUAACGCGCUCCAGACCGCUCCACUUUCAAGUUGCUUCCGUCGGGCCUGAUUAUUGCCAUUGCCAAAGUCGAGACAAAGUAGUUGCAUAGGUCGAAUUGUGUUGUGCGUGUCGUAGCCCAGUUUCUUCUUUGUUAUAGCUAACUAGGUGUUGAUUUUGGCAUAACGUGACAGAACUUAUCACAGGAACAAGAAAAGAUAUCGAAAACGCGUGCGAAACUCAGCCCAAGUAUAGUUCAGGACUGUUGGACAAUCACAAAGCGUUUCCGUUUCAUUUUGCUUUAGCAAGUUGUUGCCGAAUGCCGGCAUGGAAUUCUCUCUGUACGUAUUUCUGUUCACUCUGUUUAUUGCACAUGACAAGCUAAGCACAAGCUCAUCUCCAAGUCGAAACACAAGGAACGAAGUACAACAACUUCCACUUGACAAUAUCUUGCCUGCAACCUUUGCAAGCAAAGAUACUAAAACAAGUGCAGUUUUUAACAGUAAUUGUCAGUCUUUUAAUAAGUUUGGACGUUUCAGUUCUUGGACCUGCAAUACUCCACUUUUGACGAACUCUGCAUUUGCAAAAUUAGUUAUUAAACCGUCGAUGAGAAUCCAAGAGUAUCGUUACAGGAUACUGGUUUUUGGAGAAAUGUCUACAACAGAAACCGGUGACACAAUUUUAGAUGAAGCAACUUCAUACCAAACGUGGAUUUAUUACGAAGAAACAGACUCUUGGAAAAUGAUUGCUAGUGUUGCUCACGGCCUUCCAUCGAAUACGUGGUUACGUCUUGUGACAAUUUGUAGUUCACACGCCAUCAUUCUGUCUCCUGAUGCUAUCAACAGCACUUGGAUAUUUGUGUUCGAACAACUGAUAUGGAAACGAGUCGCGAUUGUGGGCGAUGGGCCAAGUUGGACAGAUAUUCGUUAUGACAUUUACGCAGUGUCCGUGGAAAGCGAACAUUCUUUGUGCUCCUGUAGUCAGGAUGUUUUCGUUUUCUACGCUAUUGGCGAUAGAAAUCAUUUUGCGGGCUACAGAAAUCAUUUUGCGGGCUACAGACUGAGCUGUGUGAUAGAACAGACAACAUAUCGUUGGGAGAAAGUAGGAAACUACACAAUUCCUGUCUUUUCUCUCGUAUAUUUGGUUGGUGGUUGGUCAGGAAAGACAACAGUUUUGGCUUUGGUUGACGAUUGCAUUUGGAAAUAUUUCGUAAAGAAAUCAAUUUGGACUAAAACGAAACUCUGCAUUCCAUAUGAUAUUUGGCUGAAUUAUGAUAACACUUUUCAUUUGGAUGUUCAUUUUGUUAAUGAUACCAAAGAGAUUCUUUGUAUACAUAUUUCUCGACGUUUAGUUUAUAGGCUGUCUGUCUCUAAUGGGGACGCUUUUGUCGAUCAGAUACAUGGAGAUGAUCUCGAACAGCUGUGGCUUUUGUCUCUAUAUCCAACAGAAGCUAUAAAAUAUGUUGUACGAGUUGCCGGUCAGGGUGUUAAGUAUUACGUCUUUACAGAAGUUUGUGGUACAAGUACUUGGAGUCUGCAGAGACGAAAUGUAACGGGAGAACAGUCGUGGCAUCUUGAUAGAAUGAACCAUACCCUUCUAUUUCCAUCAAAAAACCAAUUUCAGUCUUUGUGGAGAGACACAUAUUACCGGAUUGUCAUUCCGUUCCAAGAUGUAAUGUCUGUCACACCAGCCAUGUGGUCGAUGAACUUGGGCACGAAACGAUGGCAAGUGGAGGGAUAUCUCAACUUUACAGACAUAAAUAUAGCCAAAGAAACGAUGACGCAUGUGAUUAGCAUGCACAUGCAGGAAAAUGUGUGGUUGUUGGUGUCAUUCAGGUACACAAUGUUGAUCGCGUCAAGAGAUCACAUACGACUAAUGUCAAGUCCUAGGCCUUUUAGAACUGGUUUUACAAUCGUCACUAUCAACUCGACGUCAGCGUUGCUGUUUGGAGGUAGGACUGUAUUCGACAUUCUUAAUGAUCUUUGGCAAUUUUCUCUUACAAGUAGAAUUUGGAAGAAAGUGAAAAUGAUCGAGAGUAGUGGGUCCAACUACAUCGGACCCAUUACUAACGAGACAGCAGAAAGCGUCCCCUCACCUCGAUAUAAUCAUGCUGCUGCAGUUAUAGGAGUCGAAAUGUUUGUUUUUGGCGGAUAUAACGAAUCUGGUCAUUCGAACUUAGAAUUGUGGAGAUAUAACAUGAUUAACAAUUCGUGGAGAUAUUUAAAACCAACCAACCAAAUUUCACAUUUUACUUCUAUUAAGGGAAGUGAGUGCUAUUUUGUGGCGACAGCUCAAAGUGAAACGCUAUGGAUUGUGUCUAGAUGUCCUUCCUUUAAUAAAAUCCUGAAAUACAAUGUCAACGUAUAUAUCCGUUUGUGGAUGUUUAUUGUUCACUUGCAGACUUGGAAUUUCGUCACAUUUGAAAAACUAGAAAAUUUGCCGAACAAUUAUAUUUAUUCAUCUUUGCAUUUCUGGCGAGGAUAUCUAAUAAGUCUAGAGUCUUCUAGUUUACUUUACAUCAAGGCUGGAUGUCCUGAAGGACUAGGAUCGAGCAACAUUUCUCGUUUUCCCUGCGACGUCUGCAAAGUAGGAUUUUACUCUGAUGUAGAGACGAAAGAGUGCCGCAAAUGUCCAAACGAAACGACGACGAGACAAGAGCGUUCGUCGAGACUGACCGAAUGCAAUGUUUGUGUCACGGGUUACUGUCGUCAUGGAAGAUGUCUGGUGGUGAGCGACAGGCUAACGCAAGCUCCCGUAUGUACGUGUACCAUCGGAUUCACUGGUUCUCACUGUCAAGACGCAACUUAUUAUUACAUUGGAACGGGGGUUAUUCUUGUUAUAGGUAUUAUUACUUUACUCGUUGUUGUAUUACGGCGCAUCAUCAAGAAACGAAGAGAACGAGAAACGGCUUUCCGUCGUCAAAUACAAAUUUUGAACGAUGCGUGGCAGAUCAGUUGGCAAGAAAUAGAACUGCAAAACGAAAUAGGAGGAGGAGCUUCGGGAAGAGUGUGGAAAGCGCAAUACCGUAAUCUAGACGUUGCUGUAAAAAUGCUGAUUAACAAUGAUGAAUCAGAAUCGUCAUUGGAAUUUGCAGGAGAAAUUAAGUUUAUGCAAACGAUGCGUCAUCGAAAUAUUGUACUUUUCAUCGGAGCCGGUAAAACGAGUCCACAAGCACAACCGUUUCUUGUCGUCGAGUUUGCGCAUAGAGGUUCAUUACGUCACGUACUGGAUGACGUCAGUAUUGAAAUAGAUCAAAAUCGUAAAAUAGAUUUUGCUCUAGACGCUUCCAAAGGAAUGGAGUUUCUUCACAAAUUGAACCCGCCCAGAAUCCAUCGAGAUCUGAAAAGUGAGAAUUUACUCGUUUGCAAAAGUUGGAUUGUCAAAGUGGCUGAUUUUGGUCUUGGAAGACUCUUUAGUGGGGCACAGAAAAACCGACGAUCAAAUCGAAACAAUGCAUUGAGCAGCACGAAUUCAGGAAACGAGCUUCUAGUUGAAAUGAGAGAUUUGUCUGAAGAUGGUAUCGGGACAGUGAGAUGGAGUGCACCAGAGUUAGCACGACGAGAGAGCUACGAUGGAUCCAUCGAUGUCUACAGUUUUGGAAUUGUGCUUUGGGAGAUUUGGUCACGUGGCUUUCCUUUCGAGCAGCAUCGGUUUGCUCACGAAGUCGACGACGCGGUAGAAAGAGGCGAGCGUCCCAUCGUUCCGUGCGAUUGCCCGGAAGGGUAUGCAAGCGUAAUGCAAGCUUGCUGGGCAGAAGGAGCCCGGAAACGACCGUCGUUUAGCGAAGUUGUCAGCUGUCUGGAAAGCAUUCAUGUGGAAGAUGUAUGUUAGAGUGACUACACGAGAGUUUUGAAUUUUGUCCAAUUGUUACUACUAGUCUAGUGACGCUUAGCUGCUAUGUAGAGGUAUUACAGCAGAUUAGAUUGCUAUAGCAUACGAUAUUAGAAUUGGGAGUUUUAGUCGUAAAAAUUGCUAUUGACUGUAUUAGAAUACAUUUGUCUAGACAAAUAAACAUGAUUAUUUAGCGCA